CCCUCCCUAUAUGCUGAUAAACUUGCGUGUAUAAAACUGCACGAAAAAUGGAAGAAUUUUAUCCGUUCUUGUGUCUUUGGCAGAGUUCAAGGAACAACAAAGAUGUGGAAAUUGGCUUUUCUUUUGCUCGCAGCCCUGUUUGCUGUUGGGUUUAGUGUAGACACGGAAGGUUUUGUGGAGAUGAAAGCCAAUGAUCAGGGAGUCCAGACAGCCCUGAAGUUUGCCAUGGAUGAAUACAACAAAGCCUCCAGAGAUAUUUACUUCUACACAGUGGUGAAGGUGAUCCGGGUUCAGAGAAAGUUUCAGGACGGUUACAAGUACAUCCUAACUGUGAUGAUAGAAAGAACGGAGUGCAUCAAGGACAGCAUGGACCCAGUGUGUCCUGUCUUCACUGAUCCCAUUUGGAAAAUGACUUAUCGAUGCACAUUUGUUGUGUACAACAGUGCGUUGUCCCAACGAUGGAUGUUGCUGGAGAAGAAGUGCAACUAACAGAAAACCACACGGGUUCAUCUGGAUUGAAGUUGUUUACAGAUAAACCUGAACUGUUAAGCACUAAAAAACAUUUGACCAAUAAAACCUUUAAUUUAGAAA